AUGCAAGUCACAUCCCGCGGCUCAUGUGCCGCGUUGCUCACAGCGGGCCUUGCCUCUGCGGUGCUGAUAUGGUGGAGUUGGCGCGCCCGCAGGAAAGCAGAAGGAGAUGAGGCCGUGCAGGCUGUGUCGGUGCCGAAGCAGCCGGUGAGCAGGAGAGCGGAGCCAGGACCCACACGUGGUCCGAUUGCCACCGCGAUCCACACGAAGGUUUCAAGCGCUUUGCAACCUUCAGAGCUACGGAUCCACGACGAUUCUGCGGCCCAUCGAGGGCACGCAGGAGUCGCCGGAGCUCAGAUCCCUGAGACACACUUCAAGGUCGAGGUGGUGUCUGCUGCCUUCGAGGGCAUCCGCAAGCUGGAACGCCAACGCAAAGUCCAGGACCUGCUGAAGGAAGAGUUUGCUGCCGGACUUCACGCCUUGGAGCUGACGUGCAGGACGCCGGCUGAGCAUGCGAAGGUUCGUGAGCGAGACUGGACACAUGUGAAAGACGGUGUCAUGGUGACUGUCGAUGAGCUGAGAAGACAGCUAGCACCGACUGGUGUCCUGCGAGCUGGAAUCAACUUGGCCAACUUCUUGCUGGUCACUGGCCAAAGCGCCAGUGGCGCCCCAGAAGGUGUUUCACCGGACCUAGCCGCCGAAAUCGCCAAGCGGCUGGGUACUGCGCUCCGCUUGGUGCCAUUUCCCAACCCCAAGGACUUGGGCGAUGCCGCGGACGAAGGUUGCUGGGACAUUGCCCUCAUAGGAGCAGAGCCUCAACGAGAAGAAAAGAUUGCCUUUAGCAAGCCUUACGUCGAGAUACCCGCGACCUACUUGGUGCCCAGCAACUCAAAGCUGAGAAGCAUAGAGGAAGUGGACUCCCCGACAGUUCGAAUCGCCUGCAUGGGGGGAACGGCCUUCGGCCUGUGGCUGGACAAAAACAUCUGUCGAGCCAGCGUCAUCAAGGUCGACUCCAUGGACGCAGCUCUGAAGCUCCUGGUGGAUGGACAGGCAGACGUGCUCGCGAACCUGCGAGAGCGCUUGUUAUCCGAUGUCCUACACGUUCCGGGGGGGCGAAUAUUGGAGGGUCACUUCAUGACAGUGAAACAGGACCGGUCUUUGGCUUGUUGCUGCUCUUUGCCCGUCCCUUCCCUUCCGGCCUCUGCACCCCGUGGUGGCCUCUUCCAGGCUGUGGGAACUUCGAAACGCCGCGGCACCCAUGCAGCCGCCUUCUUGGCAGAGACCGUGGAAGAGCUGAAGGCAAACGGCUUCGUGCCAGACCCAGCGCUCUUCGACACCGUCGAGAGUCUCAUCGCCAAGCACGGGGUUGGUGGGAAGCUGGUCGUGCCAAUCGAGGGCCCGGAGACAAAGCGGCGAAGAACCGAUGUUGCUUCAGAUGGCAAGGGCUCCAUUGCCAUUCUGGGCUGUGGAGCCAUGGGAUGCGUGUAUGCAGCGUUCUUUGCCAGAGCAGGGCACGAGGUCUGGGUCGUGGACGUUUGGCCCGAACACAUCUCGAAAAUGCGGGAAGAGGGCCUUCGUCUCCAAGGGCCCACGGGGGACUUUACAGUGCGAGUGAACGCCACCCUCUCUGCCUACGACGUGCCGCGGAGCGAUUUGGUCAUCAUUGCGACCAAGAUGAGAGACUUGGAGUCUGCGGCGCAGCUGGCGCCGAAGCUCACGAAGGAGGAUGGCGUGAUCCUGUCCAUCCAGAACGGCCUCGGUGCCGCGGAGCGCCUGCUGAAGCACGUGGAUGCCGGGCGCGGGAUGCUGGGCAUCGCCAGCAACUUCGGCGCAUGCAUGCGAGGACCAGGCCAUGCUGAGCACAAGAGCAUGAAUCGCAUCAUCCUCGGCAAGCUCGGACAGAAAGCCACGGAGCGGCUCCAGAAGGUCGCGUGCAUCUGGUCUUUCGUGGGCUUCAAUGUUGAGGCAGCCAGCGACAUUCAGCAACAAAUAUGGGAGAAAUUGAUCUGCAACGUGUUCGUCGGAGGGACGUGUGCCAUCACCGACUUCAAAGUCGGAGAGAUGGUGGAUAACCCCUUCGCAAAGCAGGUCGCCGUGGCCUGCGCCAAAGAGGCCUAUGAAGUGGGCAAGAGCAAAGGCAUCAAAUUUGGCUUUGAGGAUCUGGAAGAGUUUGUCGACAAGUUUGCGUCUACCGUCAGGGACACUUAUCCCUCUAUGGCACAGGAUCAUCGAAAGAGACAAACUUCAGAAGUGGAUGUGAUCAAUGGAGCCAUCCCGCCCGAGGCGGCCAAGCAGGGGCUGGCAGCACCGGUGAACGACACCGUGGCGAGCCUCCUCCGUGCCCGGGAGAUGUCUUUCCAGCCAUAA